AUGAUGUUUAAAGGAGUGAUUACAUCGCUGUCGUUUCUACUAUUAUUAGGCUCAUGCCUGUUGGGCUUUUUCACGAUUUUGUCCGGUGCGAAGCACACGGGCGUCUUGAAGAACUUCUACUGGCUAGAAGCUAACACCAGCAACUUCAACCAGGCCCCACCCAACACGAGAUGGUACAACUACAACUGGUGUGAGUACGGUGAUGACCACACCGGUGUGUGUUCCAACAACAAGGUCAUGGGCUUCGCGCCACGGGACCACUGGGGUGACUCUUCGGAGAUGCCUGAAAACUUUAUCAGCAAGCGGGCUACCUAUUUCUACUUGUCGAGAGUUGGUUGGGCUAUGUUGGUGAUUGGUUUGUUCUUCAUGGUUUUGGCGAUCCUCCCAUACAUCGUUUCCAUCUUUACCGAGAAGGCAGCUUAUGUGUCGACCCCUGCAUUGUGGUUGGCAUUGUUCUUCGUGACUCUAGCCGCGUGCUUAUACACUGCUUGCUACGUUAAGGCUCGCAACGCUUUCCACAGCAGGAACCGUUACGCCAAGUUGGGUCCUCGCAACUUCGCCUUUAUCUGGACGGCUGUCUUCCUACUAUUCCUCAACUGUGUGUGGUCGACCUUCUUGGCCGCUAGCAGAGCUGUGAUGUCCUUCAGAAACCGCAACAAGAAUGACAACUACUACGACCCGGCUUCUGACAAGUCCUUUGACAACAGCACUGCGAUCCACAGUGGCGCGACCGUGGUCCCAUCCCGCAAGAACUACUUUAGAGAAGAUGGCAGACCAGCCAGGGGCGCCGCCUACGACGGCGAGGUCAUGACCGGCCAUGGACAUCAGUACAACAACGCGACUAACUACGGCGUCGGUUCGAAGACCGCUGCCGCUGGUGCCGCCGUGGCAGGCGCUGCGGGUGCCUACGGAGCUUCCAACUACGGUCACUCCGAGCCUCACGCGCCAGUCUCCAAGCAGGCCGCCUACGACACAUACCAGGCCCCAAGCGCUCCUCAGACCACCUCGUACACGACAUCCGAGCCAUACAAGGUCUACAAGGACCCAAGCGCCAAGGCACCAAAGGUAUACGUCUACUCGGAGUCCGCCACGCGCGACGCCUUCCCAGAGGCCGUCGAGAGACAGAAUAAACCCUCCAAACAGGGUGUCAGCAGAAACUCAGGCAGAAUUGUCGACCCCACCGAGUACCAGACGGCCAAGGACGCCGCCUCCGGCACCACAGCCCAUGACGACCUAGCCCACCCAAGGGGCCUAGGCAUGGCCGCGCAGGCCGCUGCCCAGGCUGUCUAA